AUCAUGCAGAAAUGUAUAAAAGUUAGCAAUCCACAUGACAUUUUUAUAUUACUUUUCAGGAUAAAAAAAAGAAAAAAGAAAAAAUAUGCAACUCCUGAGGUCAAUAGGAUUUUUCCAUGGAAAUAUUUUAUUAUUUUGUGUCACAACAGGUGCAGGAAUCUUUGUGUCUCCUAAAGGGGUAUUAAAAUACUCUUCACUGAACAUAGCUGUCUCCCUGAGUAUUUGGGCUGCUUGUGCUGUUCUGACUAUCAUCAGCGCUCUCAGUCUUGCAGAGCUGGGGACAACCUUCCCUAGAAGUGGAGCGCCUUACUAUUUCCUCAAAAGAUCUCUUGGAUCCUCUGUUGCUUUCCUCAGUCUUUGGAUCAAAUUUUUUAUUUAUCCCUUAGGAAUAGCUACGCAAAGCUUGAUAAUAUCUACCUAUAUAAUUCAGCCUUUCUAUACCAGGUGCCCAGCUCCAGAGCUACCAAAGAAAUGUCUAGCUUUGGCUAUUUUGUGGUCACUGGGACUUCUAAAUACUCGAGGGGUGCUAACAGUGGCUUGGUUUCAAACUAUCAGUGUUUUGAUGAAAAUCACUAUCCUCUGCUUCAUUUCCCUUACUGGGAUUGUACUGUUAGGGACUGGGAAAAAGGAGAAUGUGGCCAAGUUUGAGAAUUCUUUCGACGCUGAACUUCCUGGUGCCUCACAGAUUGCAGAAGCCUUACUCCAAGGAUUGUUUGCAUAUUCUGGUACAUCAAUCCUGAUCAACAUAGCAGGAGAGAUAAAAAAUCCCGGUGAGAAUAUUCCCAAAGCUCUGAUUACCGUUCUUCCCAUGGUGGCUGUUGUUUACAUAUUGGUGAAUAUAUCCUACCUGGCAGUUUUGACCCCUCAGGAAAUCAUCUCUGCAGAUGCUGUUGCUGUCACCUGGAUGGAUAAAGUAAUCCCUUCCAUGCAAUGGGUCAUUUCUUUUGGGAUUUCAACUUCAAUAGUUAGCAACAUAUGUUGUACAGUGCUUUCAGCAUCGAGGCUCUUCUACACAGCAAGCCAAGAAGGACAACUGCCUUUGAUCUUCUCCAUGCUUAAUAACUACUUCAGUCCAACUGUUGCUAUCACCCAGAUAAUCAUCUUAGCUUCUUGUCUUAUUAUAGCCUCAGAUUUAAUCAAUUUAAUAAAGUAUUCAGGAUUAGCAACCUGGGUUUUAAGAGGGCUAUAUAUGAUAGGUUUACUUAAACUAAGGUACCAGGACCCAAAUCUACCCAGACCUUAUAAGGUGCGUUUGCCAUUUAUAUUUGGAUCCAUAGCUAUAUCUUUGUUUCUAAUUUUGACACCAAUGAUUCAUUCUCCUAAAGUAGAGUAUAUCUAUGGGUUUAUCUUUAUUUUCAGUGGACUUCUGGGUUACAGGCUUCAUGUUCACCUUAAUCAACGUUCUGUUUGUUUUGAUAAAAUCACUUGUUAUUUACAAUUAUUAUUUAAUGUUUCACCACCUGAAGACCAAGAUGAAGGUAUUUCAACAGGAAAAAAACAUCUUGAAGAAAUCUUUUUGUAAAUAGGCAACCCUAAAUCUGUAAGUGGUUAAUGACUAAGCACAUUCAAUCUUUGCUUUAAAAUGUAUACACCCACGGGCACCUGGGUGGCUCAGUUGGUUAAGCAUCUGACUCUUGAUUUUGUCUCAGGUCAUGAUCCCAUGGUUUGUGAGACUGAGCCCCAUGUCAUACUCUGUGCUGACAGCAUGGAGCCUGCUUUUCUUCCUCUCCCUUUCUCUCUGCCCCUCCCCUGCUCAUGCACGUGCAUGCACAUGAGCUCUAUCUCUUUCUCUCUCUCAAAAUAAAUAAAUAAACACUAAAAAAACAAAAAUAAUAAUUAUAUAUAUAUAUAUAUAUAUAUAUAUACCCUCAUAGAUACAAAACCUCCCCCUUCAUACCCAAUCCCCAACUACAUGUAUCAAAUCCCCGCCCAGCUACGUAUUCAAAUUCUUUAAAAAAAAUUUUUUUUAAUGUUUAUUUAUUCUUGAGAAAGAGACAGUGAAGUGGGGGAGGGGCAGAGAGAGAGGGAGACACAGACUCUGAAGCAGGCUCCAGGCUCUAAGCUGUCAGCACAGAGACCAAUGUGGGACUUGAACCCACAAGCCCUGAGAUCAUGACCUGAACCGAAGUCGGAUGCUCAACCGAAUGAGCCACCCAAGAGCCCUCAAAUUGUUUACAAUUCUAAUUCUUUUGCUUGUAAUUUAAGCCUUAGUUCCCUAGUGCCCAACAUGUUUUUUACCACUUUCCUCCAACAACCAUCAAAGAAACAAACAAAAUAAAAGAGUCAUUGUCAGGAAGACGAGUACAUGGGUAAACAGUAGAUAACAGAUAUUUAAUCAACAUUCAUUGAAUGAAUGUAAGAUGCAUCCACAAAAACAAAAAAAGAAUAUUAUAAAUCUGGAUUUAUAUUAAUAAAAACUACAUAUUGCUUCCUACUCACUGGUCUAAACAGUUCACAGUGAUAUCAAUCAAAAGAGUGUGUUUCACUUUCAAACCCUCGUGUUUACCUCUACAAAGUGUGAUAGGCUAAAUAAUGAUGCUGAAAAAUAUGUUCAAGUCCAGAUGGUAACUACACUUAUCAUGGUGAGCACUGCAUAAUGUACAGAACUGUUGAAUCACUAUAUUGUACACCUAAAACUAAUAUAAUAUGGUAUAUAGAACUACACUUCUAUUAAAAAAAAUGUCUAGGUCCUAAUCCUCAGAACUUCUGCAUCUAACUUUAUAUGGAAAAAAGAGUCUUUACAGAUGUGAUUAAAGAUCUUGAGACGAGGGACAUCUAACUAGAUUAUCUGCAUAGGCCCUAAAUGCAAUCACAUAUAUCUUUCUAAAAGAGAAGUAGAGGGAUAGUAGAUAAGACAGAACAGAAGAGAAGGCAAUGUAACCCUGGAGGUAGAGACAGGAAUAAUGAGGCCACAAGCCAAGGAAUGACAGCAGCCACCAGACGCUAGAAGCAAGCAAACAAUGGGUUUUUCCCUAGAAUAUCUGGAAGCAGUGUGGCCCUACCAAAACUUUGAUUUCAGCCCAGUGAAACUGAUUUUGGCCUCUAGCCUCCAGUAUUGUGAGAGAAUAAACUUCCGUUGUUGGAAACCACCAGGUUUGUGGUAAUUUGUUACAGCAGCUCCAGGAAACUUAUAUAUAAGGUAUUUGCCAAAAACACUCAUGCAAUUUCCAUAAUAUGGAAAGGAAGGCUCUCUUCUAAACUCACAGACUAAAUAUUUUUUGCAUGUGUAGUACACAGACAUAUGACUCCACUGAAAUUGUCUACUAUAUAGAGAAAACUAAAAAUGUAAGUUCCCAACUGAGAGAGGAUAUUCUUACUGCUAUUCCUCCCUAAAAUCAUAUUAUCUAACCUCCAAGAUAGCCUAAGUACUUCUCACCCCUUGAAAUUCAUGCUCUGAGGCAGUUCUCUCCCACACCGAGUCCAGGUUGCUCUUGAGCAACGAAAUAUGAAGGAAGCAAUGGUGUAUUACCGCCAAGUCUAGGUCAUAAGUGGCGUUGCUGCUGAGGCCUUCUUCUCUUGGAUUGCUUGCUCUGAUCACAACCAAAGGCCUUUGUUGGAAGAACAAUCAAGUAGUCCCACAGAGAGGACACAGUGGAGAAAAACCAAUUUGCCAGCAUCAACAUGAUAGUCAUUUCAGGAAGCUACCUUCAGACUGGAUCCUACAACACCAGGGAAGCGUUUACAUGACGGUAGCCCAGCCAAGACCUGACUGUGACUUCAUGAGAGACUCCAAGUCAGAACUGUCCAACCAUGUUUCUAUGUUUCUUCUGAAUUCCUUUUAUUUUUUUAUUUUUUAAAAAACUUUAUUGUGAUAAGAACACUUAAUAUAAGAUCUACUCCAUUAACACAAUUUUAAGUAUUAAUACAGUAUAAGUAUAGGCACUUUGUUGUACAAUUGAUCUCUAAAAUGUAUUCUGAAAUUUUAUACCCAUUAUUUAGCAAUUUCCUGUUGCCCCCUACCCCAGCCCUUGGCAACCACAAUUCUAUUGUUUGCUUUCAUGAGUUUGGCUAUAUUAGAUAACCUCAUUCAUAUACAUGGAAUCAUGCAGUAUUGUCCUUCUGUGACUGGCUUAUUUCACUUAGCAUAAUGUUCUCCAGGUUCAUGCAUAUUGUUGAAUAUGGCAGGGUUUCCUUCUUUUUUAAAAGAAAGGAAUAUAUAUAUUCUCUGUAUAUAUCACCUUUUUUAUCCAUUCAUAUAUCAGUGGGCAUUUAGGUCGCUUCCACAUUUUAUAUAAUGAACAUAAGAAUACUAAUGUCUCUUCCAGAUCCUGAUUUCAAUUCUUUCCAGUAAAUCUUUAAUCUAUUUUUGAAUUAAUUUUUGUAUAUGAUGUGAGAUAAGGGUCCAAUUUCAUUAUUUUAUAUGUGUGUAUCUAUCCUUCCCACCACCAUUUGUUGAAGAGACCAUUCGUUCCCCAAUGUGUAUUCUUGGCAUUGUUACCAAAGAUCAGUUUACCAUAUAUGUGUGGAUUUAUUUCUAGGCUCUCUAUUCACUGGUCUAUGUGUCUGUCUUCAUAUGAAUAUCAUACUGUUUUAAUAACCAUAUCUUUGUGUAAUAAACUUUGAAAUCAGGAGUACAAUGCCUCUAGCUUUGAUCUUUUUCAAGAUUGUUUUGGCUAUUUGAGGUCUUUUCUGGUUUCAUAUGAAUUCUAGAAUUGUUCUUUUUAACUCUGUAAAAAAAUAUUCUAUGGUAUUUUGAUAGGGCUUGCAGUUGAAUCUAUUGGACAGUAUGGAUAUUUAAUAAUGUUGAGUCUUCAUGAGCAUGAGCAUGAGCAUGAGAUACCUCUCCAUUUAUUUGUGUUUUCUUUAAUUUUUUUCAUCAAUGCUUUAUAGUUUUCAGUGUGCAAGUCCUUAAUGUCUUUGGUUAAAUUUAUUCCUAAGUAUUUUAUUGUUUAUGAUGCUAUUGAAAUUGAGAUUGUUUCCUAAUUUCAUUUGCAAUUAGUUGAUUAUUAGUGUAUAGUUGUAUUCUGCAACUUUUCUAAACUCAAUUAUUAGUUCUAAUAGUUUUGGGUAGAGCUUUUAAGAUGAUGUCAUAUGCAGAGAGAAGCAAUUUUACUUCUUCCUUUCCAACCUGGAUGCUCUUUUUUUCCUUGGCUAACUGCUCUGGCUAGGACUUCCAGUAAUAUGUGAAAGAAGUGGUGAGACUGGACAUCCUUGUCUUCUUCUUGAUCUUAGAGGGAAAGCUUCUGGUUUUUAAUUCUUGAGUAUAAUGUUACCUGUGAGCUUGUCAUAUAUAGCUUUCAUGAUGUUAAGGUAAUCUCCUUGAGUCCUAGUUUUUAUCAUAAUGUUGAAUUUUAUCAAUUAGUUUGUUGUUUGUUUGUUUGCAUUUAUUGAGAUGAUCAUGCAAUUUUUAGCGUUCACUCUGUUCAUCUGGUGUAUAGAUCGCAUUAAUUAAUUUGUGUAUUGUUGUAGACUCUAAGUCUAAAGUUCUCUCUUGGCCAGCAAGAGAGCGGGAUAGAGGAUGGAAAGCAAGAGACAGCUAAUGUCCGGGAAGAGACAAGAGCCCCAAAUAAGGGUCCUUGCCCUGUUUUUAUUAGAAUCAGAAGGCUUAUGAACAUGGCAAUGAAUGUGCACAAAGAGACAAUGAAUCUGUGAACAUUAACUUGAGGAUGUGAGGGAAAGUGGAUCUUGAAGAUAUUUGAAGUUAGGGGUUUGGGUUAAUACAAAACAAAAUCUGGGCACCAGGCAGUCGGGCAGAAGGUUGUUUACAGGGCACAUGAGGCACCACCUCUGUUUAUCUCAGCUAGCCUAAGGGAUAAGACAGAUAGGGGAAAUAACCUCAGGGUUAACCAGGCACCUUUUCUUUUGUUAAUCAUCUCCACUCUGGGCAACUUCACCCUGCAGCACAGUUCAGGGGUCUAUAACCCAAAUUACGUGUUUACCUAACUUGGUCCUUCUCUCCUGUGAAAGCAGCUUUCUGCUAUAGUACUAAAUUGGGAGGCGCCUCCACCCUGAAUACCUAAUCUCGCUUACCUCAUACACCUUUGUAUUGGGUGCCUUUGCACCCCGCUCCCUCUCUUGGGGUCCUAAUCUUGUUUACCCAAACUCAUUUGUGAGCAUCCAAUGGCUUUGUACUUCUUCAUGCCUUGUUAACCCAUUGGUAUAACCCCGGGGGAUUCCUAAGCUUAUUCCCCACAGUGUAUUUUGAAUCAUCUCUGCAUUCCAAGAAUAAAUCCCACUUGGUUGAAGUGGAUGAUCCUUUUAAUGUGCUGUUGAAUUCAGUUUACUAGUAUUUUGCUAAGAAUAUUUGUAUCUAUGUUCAUCAGGGACAUUGGCCUAUAGUUUCCUUUUGUUGUAGUUCUUGUCUGGUUUUGGUAUCAGGUUAAUUGUCUCACAAAAUGAGUCUGCAAGUGUCCCCUCUUCUUUGACUUUUUUUGAACAAUUUUUGUUGGCAUUAAUUCUUUAAAUGUUUGGUAGAAUGUGUUAGUGAAGCCAUCUAGUCCUGGGCUUUUCUUUGUUGGGAGGUUUUUGAUUACUGAUUUUCUGAUUUCAGAUUUUCUAUUUCCUCAUGAUUGUAUAUUUCUAGGAAUUUACCCAUUUCUUUUAGGUUAUCUAGUUUUAUUGGGUAUAAUUGUUCACACUAGUCUCUUAUGGUUCUCGGUAUUUCUGUAGCAUCAGUAAUAGUGUCUCCUCUUUCAUUUCUGAUUUUAUUUAAGUUUUCUCUCUUUCUUUCAUAAUCAAGAUAAAGGGUUUUAAUUUCGUUUUUAAAAAUCCAGCUCUCAGUUUCAUUGAUUUCUUCUAUUGUUUUUCUAGCUCUCUAUUUCCCCCCUGGACUACAAGAUUUCUGCUGAAAAAUCUGCUGAUAGCCUAAUGGGUACUUCCUUGUGUGAAAUUUUUUUUCUCUUAUUGUUUUUAAAAUUAUCUCUUUGUCUUUAAUUUUAGACAGUUUUAUUAUUUGUCUUGGAUAAGAUCAUUUUGGAUUGAAAUUCUGGGAUACAUACUACCUUUGUGAACUUGGAUGUGAAAUAUCUCCCCAGAUUUAAGAAGUUCUCAGUCAUUAGUUCUUUAUAGAAGCUUUAUGCCCCCCUUCUCCAUCUCUUGUUCUUGGAUUCUAAUCAUUCAUAGAUUAUUUCUCUAAUGGUAUCCUAUAGUUCACAUAGGUUUUCUUUUCUCCUUUUCAGUUUUUUUUCUCUUUGUUCUCUUCUAAGGGGAUAAUUUCAAAAGAACUACCUUCUCCUUCACAGACUUUUUCUUCUGAUUAAUCUAUUAUGCUGGUAAUACGCUCUAUUGCAUUUUUCAUUGUAUUCAUUGUAUUCUUCAGCUCCAGAAUUUCUGUUUGGCUCUCUUAAUGAUUUCUAUCUAUAUGUUUAACCUUUCAUUUUAUUCAUUUAUUGUUUCCCUGAUUUUGUUGAACUUUUUAUUAUAACUCAUUAAGCUUCCUUAAAACUGCUAUUUUGAAUUCUGUAUCAGGUAAAUCAUAGAUCUCCAAUCUCCGGAUUACUGGAACAUGAUUGUAUUCCCUUGGUGGAGUCAUCAUUCCUUCUUUUUUCAUGUUCUUUGAACCUUAAAUUGCUGUCUUUGCAUUUAAAAUAGUCACCUCUCUCAGUCUUUAUUAACUGGCUUUGGGAGAGAAAUACUUUGUCAGCCCUACUAGAGGUUUUAAGGUUUUCUCAGCCCUUUUCUAUGGGUACACCUGCUCCACACUUACUCCCUCUCAUGGCAGAAUUGUUAAAUUUGUAUGCAUUUUCUUGAUCUUGAAAUUCCAGGCUGUGUGCUAACAGUCUCCCCUUUGCUUUCCCAGCACAAUGCUAAGUGCUCAAGCUUGUAGUUUCUCCCUGGCCCACAUAUUUGAGCCAGCUGUCUGCACAUGCUCACUAGCUGUCUGAAAAAGUUCAUUCUCUCAACUCUCAAGAGGAUGGCCAGGGAGCCAGCCAAGGAAUGGGAUUGGGCAUAAGUGAGGUACACAAAGCACUAGGGAUACUUGUUAGUGAGUUGGAAGAUUCUCAGUAGCUCAUGGCAGGCCUCCUGAUGGAGACUGUGAUGCUUUUUAGCAGGAUCCACAUCCCUGUGAUAUGUUCCAUUCUGGGCUCUGGUUGUGGUUGUCCCAGCCACUUACCACUCCCCAUCACCCUGCCCACCACUCAGCACCUGGAUAUGGCAAGAGAGAGGUGGGCCUCUUUGGCAGUGUCUUGAAGCUAGACAUUUACUCAUACUUUCACUUUCCCCUGUGGGAGAAAUCACAGGUCAAGAAGGCCUGAGCUAUGGGGGAGGUACUGGGGAAGGGAUGAUGUGGGCAAAGUCAAGCGGUUUGCCUUACCUUCUUCAAUGUGUCCAAUAUUGAAAUUUUUUGCUCCAGCAGUGUGCUAGACCUUCAUUACUGGACUACUGGACUUUCACAAAGGUUCUGUCAUCUGUGGAUGAUUGCAACAGUGGUGUUCUUUAAGGGGAAGAUGGUAGAGAAAUCCUGUUCCACCAUUUUCAUGACAACACUCUCCUUUUGGUUAGUUACAAUUCUAACAUGUUGGCCACAGGUCAGAGUUUCACUGCAGCUCCAGCUCCUCUCAGAUAGCCCAGCAUUCAGUAUUUCUGAGCUGCUGUAUUCUCAUCUAAGAGGCUCAUGUUAGGAUCAGGAAUAUAGCACUGAGACAUCAGAACAAAAUGUAAUUCCAUUCUUCUUGAAUAAUUAAAUUCCCCCAGGACAUGAUAAGCAUUCAUCAAAAAUGUUCAAAUAUGUUUAUGAUGUUUGCAAGGUCACUUUCUUUUCUAUUAUAUGUUAUAGUGAAGCCACUUUCAAAGGUUAUGUAAGAAGUUACUUUUUAUAAAUGGUCUUGGGGCACCUGGGUGGCUCAGUUGGUUAAGCUCCAACUUCAGCUUAAGUCACAAUCUCAUACUUUGUGGGUUCAAGCCCCACGUCAAGCUCUGUGCUGACAGCUCAGAGCCUGAAGCCUGCUUCAGAUUCUGUGUCUCCCUCUCUCUCUGCCCCUCCCCUGCUCAUGCUGUCUC